AUGAGUGCAAAGACAACAUGGCCAUCGAAGAUCAGCAUAACUCCGGAUUCUAUGAAGGAAAUGUUCAUCAGUGUGGAGUAUUGUCAUGUACCUGCUGUGUGCAAUACUUGUAGUGUCUUUGGGCAUAAUUGUGCUGUCCCGCAGGGUGAAACAAGGAAAGUUUGGAGAAAGAAGCAGAAUCAUACAGUAAGCUUGCCUGAGGUUUUGAGUCAGGAGGCUUCUUCUUUGGAGGUUCAACUGGCUGCAGCUAUUGGGGCAGAGGUGGUUGAGGACUUGCAGUCACGCCUCCAGUCACGCCUAGUGCACUGCCUUCAAAUGAGGAGUUCAAUUUGGUGGUGA